CAACAGAACGAACAGUGUCAAAAAAUCUAUUUCCCCCCUACAAAUAAAAGUGUAUAAAGAAAUUUGUGUUCGCGUUCCAAAUUUUGUUGCCAACGACAUGAAGUGUUUUAUUUUAGCCGCUCUCUUGCUGGCUGCCAGCGCCAAUGCCGAGAACAUAUUCAAGAUAAACAUUUCGCCCGAGGAGGCGCAACAGUAUCUGAAUAGCGCACAACUACGAGGCGUCAAUGACAUCGAGUAUGCGCCGAAGACCGGAGAGAAUCCGCUGCCCGAGGCACGCAACGAGAAGGGCGAGUUCGUUUACAUGGGCCGUGUGAUCGAGCAUCCCGAGGAGUAUGUGGAGGAGCAUUACGACGCGCAUCAAUAUCAUGGUCAAGAUGGUUUGGGUCAGUACGUCUAUGGUUACAAGGAUUGGAAUCAGGGCAAAAACGAGAAGAAGGACGAAUCUGGCACAGUGACAGGCUCAUACAAAUAUGUGCAGCCUCAUGGCCGCGACUUUAUUGCCAAUUAUUAUGCCGAUAAGACAGGUUUCCAUGUCGAGGACAAUCGUCCGGCGCAUCUGAAGCAGCCCGCAACCAAAACGCCAGCCGUUCUGAAAGCCGAAGAGGAGCACUUCAAGCUGUGGGGUGAAUUGGCCGCUGCCGCCGGACACAAUCCCGAUCCCUAUGCAGCCGAAUACCAGCAGGAGGGUCGCUACCAGCCUGCCGAGUCGGAGUACAAGGAGUAUGUGCAUCAGGAGCCCGAAUAUGUGCCCGGUCCGGAGGAGACGGGUGAGCCCAAGGGCUUCUUCUAUGCCUUCGACUACAAUGUGCCACUGUUGCGCAACAAAGCCGAGCGCGAGGAGCUCGAAAGGCUGCGCGCCAUCAAUAACAAGGACGAAUAAUAUGCCGCAUGUGGCCUUAUUCCUUUUGUUUUUAGUGGAACUCCUAUUUAUGUACCUAGAAAUACAUAGCAUAAAACUAUUUAUUCGAUUGAUUUAAAUAAAUUGCACAGCACACUUCCAAUACAUUUCUCAAA